UUUAGUUUGAUAAACAAAACGCAUUUUAUGCUUCUAAUACGAUUUGCGGCUGCGUUGGCAACUUUCAUUUAAUUUAUUUAUUUUUAAGUUAAAUCCAGCAGCUUAUUUUUUCUUAUAAGUAAUGAAUUAAAAAAAAAUUAUAGACAUGUUGUUAACUUAUAGUAUUUCGGCGUUUUUAUUUUGUCUUAUUAAUUAUUUCUUAUGAUUUAGAAUUAUUACUUUUCAGUCUUUUAACUUUCUUUUUAUUAAGGAAAUUAAAGAAAGUGGAUAUAUAUGUAAGAAGCUCUGUUAUUUUUUAAAUUCAAGUAUAUCAUCAUGAAAGUUAUUGGUUUGAAAAAAGGACGUGUAAUUAAAGUAUGCCUUGCUAUAAUUAUCUUGAUAUGUAUUGUGGCAUUUUUUCUUCCAAAACCUAAAGGAUAUGAUGGAAGCCUUGGGUCAGCAUUAGCAAACAAAGGUCGAAGUCUGCCUCAACGACAGGGAGCUGUAUUUAAAAAAGAUGUCUUAGGAAAUUUUGAACCUCAGCCUAGUGAUACUGUGCGAGAAGGACCAGGUGAAAAUGGGAAAGCUCAUUAUGCUCGUCCAGAAGAUCAGAAUGAAGUUGCACAAGUAAUGAUGGAAUAUGGGAUAAAUAUGGUUGUCAGUGACCAGAUAGCUCUUGACCGCUCCAUACCAGACAAGAGAUUGUCUGAGUGUAAAUUUUGGCAAUAUCCAGCUGAUCUACCUACAACCAGUGUUAUCAUAGUCUUUCAUAAUGAAGGAUGGUCUACCCUUUUAAGAACAAUACAUAGUGUAUUAAACAGGUCUCCACCACAGUUCUUGAAAGAAGUUGUUUUAGUUGAUGAUUAUAGUGAUAAAGAAAAUUUGAAAGGUGAUUUAGAGGAUUACAUUCGUCAGUUUGGACAAAAAGUACGUUUGUAUAGAAACAAACAAAGAGAAGGUCUAAUUCGUUCUCGAACAUAUGGUGCCCAAUAUGCAACAGGUGAAGUGAUAGUCUUUUUAGAUGCUCAUUGUGAAGUGAAUACAAAUUGGUUGCCACCUCUUUUAUCUCCAAUUUAUGUAAACAGAACAAUAAUGACUGUGCCUGUAAUCGAUGGAAUUGAUAAGGAUAAUUUUGAGUAUAGGCCUGUCUAUCAAGGAGAUACUCAUUUCAGGGGUAUUUUCGAAUGGGGAAUGCUUUAUAAAGAAACUGAAUUGCCUGAACAAGAAGCCAAAAAAAGAAAAUAUCACAGUGAACCUUACAAGUCUCCUACCCAUGCUGGGGGUUUGUUUGCAAUAAACCGAGAAUACUUUUUAGAACUUGGAGCAUAUGAUCCUGGUCUUCUUGUCUGGGGAGGAGAAAAUUUUGAGCUUUCUUUUAAGAUAUGGCAAUGUGGUGGCAGUAUUGAAUGGGUACCAUGUUCUCGAGUGGGCCAUAUAUAUCGAGGUUUUAUGCCAUAUUCAUUUGGAAAAUUAGUAGAAAAGCGAAAAGGGCCUAUUGUCACAAUAAAUUACAAAAGAGUUGUAGAAGUUUGGAUGGAUGAUUAUAAAGAAUAUUUUUAUGCCCGAGAGCCCAUGGCUAGACAGUAUGACCAUGGUGACAUCAGUGGACAACUAGCUCUAAAGGAACGUUUGCAAUGCAAGUCAUUUAAAUGGUUUAUGGAUAAUGUGGCUUAUGAUGUUCUGUAUAAAUUUCCUGUAUUACCUAAGAAUUUAUUUUGGGGCGAGAUACGAAGUAUGUUAACAGGGCAGUGUUUAGAUACCAUGAGCUCUCAUCCUCCAUCCAUUGUUGGUAUGAGCCAUUGCCACGGCUCUGGAGGAAACCAAGAUUAUGGUAUUAUUGCAUCAAUGGUCUUCCGCUUGAAUGCAGAAGGACAGCUUGGUGUAGGUGAAAGAUGUAUCAAUGCAGAUACUGAUCACAUGAAACUAGUCUUUUGCACCUUAGGAACUGUUGAUGGACCGUGGGAAUACAAUCCUACAUCCAAGCUACUAUUUCACAAACAUCAUCAAAAAUGCCUUGAACUAAGUCAUGAUAAAGGGAAUUUGAAUUUGCAGCCAUGUAAUAAUGCUUCAAAUGGACAGAAAUGGAUUUUCAGAGAGCUUGUUGUAAAAUAAUAACCAACAGAUUUAUGUGUUGGUGAAGGUUAUUUAAUCUGGUAUUUUUAUGAUGCAUUACUUCAUACUUUCUGGAGUAGGUUUUUUUAGGCACCUGUGUGAGUGAGUGAUUUGUAUAUAAUCUCCUGGUGAGUGCAUCUUUUGUAAAUACAUUUAUCUGGGGCUUUUUUUUUUUUAUAAUGGUUAUGUGAUAUUGCUUCUGAUAAUGGUGCAAGUGUUUGAUUUACACUAAUUCAAAGUUUUGAUCUUGGGAAAGAUGCACUUAUAAGCUUUUCAGAAUUUUUUUUGAAAUUUUACUUGCUGUCAGAAUUACAAAUUAUAUUCCUUGCCACAUCAUGCUUGCAUGAUUAUUAUUGUUGAAUUAAAUUUUAAUUUACAUAUGCCCUUAUGUUUGUUUUUUCAGUACUUUCCUAUCCCAAACUGUGUUGCCAUUUUUUUUUCAAUUCAUUUUAAAACCAUAAUGCAUACGGGUUUUUUUUUUUUUUUUUUACUCUUUUUCCAAAUGUACAUUAAAAAAAGAGAGAGAGAACAAUAUUUACUUGAUUAAGUAUAAAUAGGUGUUGAACAAAUUUUUGUAAUAUACUGUCCCAGAUAUCUCCACUUAUUUUUAUUAUAAAUGAGAUAGAAAAGUUUUUUUUAACAUUAUAUUGAAAAAUUUAAGCAUUCAACUACAUGAAACCUUAGUAAAUUUGGUAGAAUUUUUAUACACUUUUUUACCAUAAUGUUUUCUCUUUUCGAUAAUACUAAUGUAAAGUUGUAUUUGUAUAUUUUUUAAUAAUAAUGGAAAUGUAUCCAUUACGAUGGCUUUACAACUUGAAAGCAAAUACUUGAUUCUUGUUAAAACCUGUAACUUGUAAAAAUCUGCUAGGAAUUUCCACAUCAAAUUUUGGAAUUCUUAAUGAGGUUAUUUUCUACAAAAAUAAAUGUAAUAGGUUGUGUUGUUAAACUUAAAUUACAAAGAAAAAAAGUUUAGUUUUUUUUAAUGUGCAUGGUUAUAUAUUAUCCAAGAAUUAUAAUAUUUGAAUGAUGUGAAGAUUUUUAAUAAGUGGUAAGUUGUUAAUUAACAAUCAAUUUUAGAUGAUAUUUGAAUUCUCUGAGAUAGUUAUUUUCUGGAAUAUGUAUAUUUUAUAUAUUUCACCUUGUUAAAAAGAAAUAUAUGCUUUUUGAAAAAAUUUUGAAGUUUAAUAAUUUCAUCACUUUGUCUAUAAAAAGAAAAAUCAGAAAAUGAACAUAAAUUUGCAGUUGAGAUGUAUCAGUUGUAUAUUUAUGUGAUUAGAAUUUGUUUUUUUAUUUAAUAUUUUAAUCUUCUUGUUACAAUGCAUUGCAAAUGAACUCUGUUUUUAAAUUUUAAUUAAAGUUUUAAGAAAAAUCUUUUUAGUUUAGAAAUUUUUUUUUAUUUGUUUUUCUUUUUAAAGAUUUUUGUUUGAAGAUCUUCUUCAAACUCUUUUUCUGUUUUGUGAUAUAUUAAAUAGCAUUUUUAUAUUGUGCUCCAAGUUGAUAAACUUUUUAUUUCAGUUCCUAUGACUUUAUUUUUGUAUGAAGAGAAAUGGUACAGCCAAUAUAUUAUUACCAUAUAGGUUUGUCAAACUUUGACGGCUUAUAAACUCAUAAACAUAGGCCAUACGAAAUAAGAAAAAUAAUCUAAACUAUGUAAGGUUGGUUGUUUCAGAUAAAUAUUUACUUUAUACAGUUUUUGUCAAUAAAUGUUUUUAUAUUUAUCUUUCUUUGGGGGGGGGGGGGUAUCUGUGUGUUUUAUCAAGAAAGUGUAAAUACUUUGUUUGGAAAAGAAAAAAAAGAAUUUGUAUAAUUUUUCAGAUGUUAAUCUAGAAAAAAUUAUUCUUUAACUUCAAUUAAGUAAACAUUUUGUUACAAUCACUCUUUACUUUUCAACAGUAUUUUUAGAACUGUGCAUUCUGUAAUAUGUAUAGAAAUCCUUUUGUAAUUUUACUCAAAUGAUUUUGUAAUACUUAAGAUAGAUUUUCAUUCUGUGCACUAGGAAUAAAUUCUGGUAAUAGACUAAGCACUUUGAGUGAAAUACCUUUUCUGAGCUUGAUGGCAUAUUUAGUUCCAUUUUGGCUAUUAAGUGGUUUUGCAUUUGAAGUUGUGAAGGUUUUAAGCUUUCAGUGUUUUCACCAAUGAUGAAAAUAUAAAUUUGAAACGUUGUUGGUUUGCAAUUUAAAAUUUGUAUAGUUGUUUGUUUUUUUUCACUGUUUUCAUACAAUCAGUUCAUUUAUUCAUAAUUAAUUGCAAUUCUUUCAAUUCAUAUUGCAAGGAGGAAAACUAAUUUUUGCUAAUCAGCUAGAUUACCUUUGUAAAUUUUCAAGCAAUAUGUUUUGGGUAUUUAUUAAUAAAUAUUAUUUGAGACUUUUUUUUUUUAUCCCUUCCUUAUUUUGAAUGGAAAUGUUAUGUAGAAAUGCAUGGUUCCUGAAGGGAUUUUUAAUAACAAAAUGCUUGUUAAUGAUGUAUUUAUUAUUGUGUUGUCUUCUGAUAUUGUUGAGUAAUAUGAACAUUCCAGUGUUUUAUAUAUUUAUCAGAUAUAUAAUAGCAGUAUUUGGUUUCAUUUCUUCCAAAUUCUUUGUGAAGUUAUACUUUUUUUGUUGUAUUAAUUGUUAUAUUUUUAUUGUAUUGAUAUUAAAAUAAUUUAAUUUAUUAUUGCAUGUUCUAUCAAAACAUUUUAAAAACUUUUUUUCGGACACAGUACUUUUUUAUGGUAAAUUUUCUUUAUCUAAAUAUCCUAUGAAAGAAACUAGGUUUUUAGUUUGUAUUUUACUUUGCCUCAUUCGAUUCAUUUAUAUAUAUAAUUAUCAUUCUGUUAGUGCAAAAUUUUGUUAUUUUGUAAAAUCUUAUAUUUAUAUAAAGCUUCAAUGUAUAAAAUGUAGAGUUUUCAACUUAAAAUAUGGUGUUUUAAUUAGAUGAAGUUAUAUUAUUUUAAAUUAAUAUUUAAUUUUUUAUCCCAUUAAUGUUGACAACCGAAGUGCCUGAUGUAAAUAAACCAAUUUUUUAAAAAAUAUGUCAGCCUGUAAUAUUGAAACAUUAUUAAUGCAGAUCAUGUACUGUGUUCAUUAUUUUUGGAUUAAAAAUCUUGC